UCAAAUAAAUUCUCACUAUUAUUUCCUUCAUCAGCUCUCAAACUGUUUUAUGGCACUUGAAGCUCAUGGAGUUGAUCACCCUUCAAGCUGUUUUGGUUCAACUAGGAGAUGGAAGUAUCAUGUCUUCUUGAGUUUUCGAGGAGAAGACACUCGUAGAAGCUUUACAAAUCACUUGUGUUGUGCUUUACAACGCAAUGGAAUCAUAGCUUUCAAGGACGACGAAGAACUUGAGAGGGGAGAAGUUAUUAAACCAAGUCUGCUCCGAGCAAUUGAAGAAUCUCUUUCUGCAAUUGUUGUUCUCUCUCCAAAUUAUGCUUCUUCAACUUGGUGCCUGGCUGAGCUCUCAAAGAUUCUCCAUUCUAAGAAAGAGUCAGGUCUUUAUGUAUUUCCAAUAUUUUAUGGUGUGGAUCCAUCUGAUGUUGAACAUCAAAGAGGAAGUUUUGCAGAAGCAUUUAAAAAGCAUGAAGAAAUAUUUACACGAGAUGAAAUGAAGGUGCAAAAUUGGAGGGAUGCUUUAAAAGAAGUUGCUAACUUAUCUGGCUGGCACUCUGGCAAUUGGUAA